ACCGGUCGGAAGACCAAGAAGGAAAACCACUUUGUCCGAUCUUCUACCUCGAGUUGGCAAGAGCUCGUUGUUGUUGACCUCAAUACGAAACGUCACAGCUUCGCCACUUAUCACUUACACCCGGCUACCAGGAGAACGACUUUCACACCUUUUCCCACUAAUGAGCUGAAAUACAAGCUUGCCAUUCUCGAUGCUGAGCAUUGAUCUUUUUUCUUGAGACUUCUAAUUCAGAUUCGCCAAACGGAACAUGAGUCGUAUAUCUAACUACGUGUCCCGAAAGUCGGGCUCAUUUCCCAACCUAAUGGCUCGUAAAAGCGAGUCCUAUCUACCAAUCUCGACCAAGCCGGACUCCAAGUUCCGAGUGAAGGCCUUGCUAGGCCACUGCCUCUACCGACGGGUAGUGAUAUGGACCAUUGUCACCAUCCUCGUGCUAUCAGUCACCCUUUUCAAUCCAAGCUUAACAGCCAGAUCUCGAAAUGUCUUGGGCUUGGUACACGGAACUAAAGUACACGGAGCCAAAACGGAAAUUCUAGACAUUCCUCAGAUGAAUGGUGUCAUGAAUCAGCAGAAGCAGGACAGUGAAGAAGUGAUGCAGUUGAACGAUGUAAAUGUAGGAAAGGAAGAUGACGAAGAGCAGCCGGAGCAGAACACGGAAGAAGAAGAAGUAGAGGAGACGGAGGAAGCGUACGAUGUAAACGGACCUCACUGGCUGAGAUAUAAGCACCUUGAUGGAUACUACAAUGGUAUCAAGGCACUUGUCUCAUUUUGGGACUACAAGCCUGAAUAUCCUAAAACAUCCUCUACUAAUGAAGCAUCUGAGGCUAUGCCCACUCUUCGCCAAUCCGUGCCUCCUAAGCCCAGUGCGUACCACGCUCACCCCGAUUACGAUUCCGAUGAGUAUCAAAGAACUCACGUGCCUGUGAGCCAUUGCUACAUCGAUGAGGAUAAGAAAGUCCCAGCUCCAGAAUUAUACGCAUACAACGGCGUGCCCCAGGGUCAGCCAAAGGCAGCUCUCGGAUCGUACGACAUAUUCGGCUUACGAGAAGACGUUUGCUUUGAUCGUUUCGGUCGCUAUGGUCCGUACGGUCUUGGGUAUGGCUUGGAGCAGGGUGGAACUGGUCAGGCACUCGAUACUGAACAGGAAGGUAACGAGGCAGUAUGGGAGAAAACCGGCAAGAUCAACUACGAAGGUGUCGACUGGGCGGCAGCACAAGACCGAUGUUUUAAAAGCAAUGAAGCUCGUUUCUUCACCGGCAACGAAACUAGAGAUUUCGAACUAUCGCAAUCCAGCCGCAAGAGGUUGGAUCGAAUUGCCGUAGUUGUGCGAACUUAUAUCGGCUUCCAGUGGACAAGCCAUGCCGUUCUUAACUUCCGUGCUAUGGUUAAUGAGCUCAAUCUUAGAUCGGGAGCUGAGUAUGACAUUCACUUCCUCUUACAUGUUCGAGACAACAAUGAGCCUAUCUGGGCAGACCCGGCGACAGUCCAGAAAAUUCUCGAUAACAAUGUUCCCCCAGAGUUCCAUGGGCUCUGCACUCUCUGGUCCGAAGCCCAAAUGAAGUUGUAUUAUCCAGGCAACUUCGGUAACACCUUCGAGAAUCCUUCCAACGGUGAUAUUCACGGAGUUUACCGAUCCGCUCACAUGCCGCUCCAGCAUUUUGCCAUGAUGCACCCUGAAUAUGCGCAUUUCUGGAAUUGGGAGAUGGACAUGCGUUGGACUGGAUCAUACUACGAACUGUUUGACAGACUUGGAAAAUGGGGCGCAGACCAGAGUCGAUUGGGUAUGUGGGAACGAUCGAGCAAGUACUACAUUCCAGGACUUCACGGAAGUUGGGAGAACUUCACCGACCUUGUUCAACAUGAGACGGAGGAAUCUGGCAGACGACCUGUCUUGGGGCCGGUGGUUUUUAAUGGAAAAGCGGCCCUCGAAGAUGGCGAAGUCUUCCUACCUGCGAGUUGUGCCAGCGGAUCGGACAUGACACAAUGCGGUGUUGGCGAGGAUGCGGAUCUUAUUACGCUUAACCCGCUUUUCGAUGCCGAUGAAUCCGGUUGGGUCUUCGCUGGCGAUGUUACAGGUUACGAGAUCCAGUACGAGAAGCCUCCGCGAAGGUGUGCUAUCGUGACUGCUUCACGAUUGUCGCGCCGUCUAUUGCGCGUGAUGCACGAGGAAACAUGGCGUCUACAUCAUAGCAUGUUUAGCGAGAUGUUCCCUCCAUCCAUGGCCCUACACCAUGGUUUGAAGGCCGUAUAUGCUCCCCAUCCAGUUUACCUAGAUCGAGCAUGGCCUCAGCAAGAGAUCGACAAUGCCUUCAACGGUGGCCGCGACCACACUUCUAGCGGCCACGGCUCCCCAUUCGAUCUAAGAAAUGAGCACAACCACAAGGGGACAAGUUGGUACUACAACAGUGAAUUUGCUGGUCUACUAUGGCGUCGCUGGCUCGGUUACGCUCAGAUGGAUGGCAGGGGUGACAACGGUGGCCGUGCCGGCGAAGGCACGCCAAGAGGCGGGUUGCUAGACGAGCAAGAUCCGAAGAAUUCCGGACGACUAUGCCUACGGAGUAUGCUAGUACACCCCAUUAAGUGGGAAAACCCUGUCGAGCAGGGAUAGAAUUAAUUAUAAUGCGCGAAAAAAGUCGAUUUUCUUUUGUGCAAAGUCUAGAAGAACUUAUCAAUGCACACAGCCAAUGGCAAGGCUAAACGGAUAACAUAGAAUCAGAGC